UACUUCUAUCAUAUUUGCACCAGAAGUCAAAAGCAGUCUAUUGGCCCAUGGAUCAGUAGUGUCCAUCUCGACAUGUCAAGUUCAUUCUGACGCAAUAUCGAGAUCCACGUGGACACUGGCCACGGCCAGGGACGAAAGAGGAAUAUCUGAACAAUAAUGAGUUAAACAUUGAUUUCGAUCGGUGUCCACUGGAACGCGUCGGAAAACCACCACCCAAUCGCCAACUACCCCUGCUAUGUGUCAGUAGUAUGUCGACUGUUGUUCCUAUUACAUGAAUUUCCGUUACUCUUAUAAGUGUCUGUGUUAAUUGAAACACAUUUGUGCAAAACUAUCAGGAAUUGUUAUAAAUUUAAAAGGAAAAUUGAAGAAAAUAUUCACGGAGAACAAGCAGAAGUAAAAAUUGGUGAAGAAUUUAGGUGAUGGGAUAGUUUUGAACGAUCCAUGAAAUUUCCAUGAAUGUGACGAAUGGUGCUUGUGAAAAAUUCACCACCUUCACGAGGCCACAGUCCUCAAGAAGAAAAUGCAAGGAGAGAUAAGAGGAAGAGUCGCGGAUCGCGUGGCAAUAGUCCAGUGGAGCAGACUAUUUCCAGAGGAAAUAGUCCAGGAAAGAGCAAUUUCGGUGUCAAAGUAGUCGGGAAAAACAGUUUGACGAAGUCUCGUGGAAGCGAGACCGGCAGUAUCGAAAGACUGAUAGACGGUGAUAAAAGAGUGAUUGCCACCAAACAUUUGCUUCCAGAGAACAACAUAAAUGUUGUCGUCAGAGUUCGUCCACUCAGUAAGAAGGUUAAAACCGGCGAUGAUAUGGCCGUGCAAUUUCCCGGAGAGGGGCAGAUAUACUGCGAAGGAUUUCCGAGUAGCGGGGACAAGAAGGGCAAAUUAUUUUCGUACAACGUGGUGUUCGAGCCCACGGCCACUCAGGAGGACAUCUUACAAUUUUCUGGCGUGAAAAAACUUAUCGAAAUGGCGGUGGAGGGAUUCAGCUGUACUGCAUUCUGUUACGGACAAACUGGAAGCGGGAAAACCCACACGCUCACAGGGCCUCCAGAAAUGUUCGAAAAAAUGAAUCCUUAUUCGGAGCAACAUGGCUUGGUCUUCCGGUCUUUCGUCUACUUAUUUAAAUUGUUGCAAGAACGAGAAGAAUGUAAUUUCGUGUUAAAAGCCUCUUUCCUGGAGAUCUAUAACGAAAAGGUAAUAGAUCUGUUAAAUCCUGGCACAUCGAGGAAACCUUUAAUGGUCCGGUGGAGUAAAAAGACACGAGGCUUUUUCGUUGAGAACCUUUUCACUGUUGAAUGCGAAGAACUUGAUGAUCUUUUAGCUGUUCUCGAAGAAGGGAUGAGGAAUAGAAAAGUCGGUGCGCACAAUAUGAAUGAUCAUUCUAGUAGAAGUCACAGUAUUCUCACUGUCAAUAUCACAUCUGAGCAACAGAUGGAUAACAGCGUGUUCAUCUCAAGACAAGGAAAAAUUAAUUUUGUCGACCUGGCUGGAAGUGAGAUGACAAAAAAAACACAAAGUGAGGGAAAAACUUUGGAAGAAGCGAACAAUAUCAAUAAAAGUUUAAUGGUUCUAGGUUACUGCAUAGCUUCUUUGAGUGAUGGGAAACGUAAGGGUGGACAUAUUCCAUAUCGAGACAGUAAACUAACUAAACUUCUGGCCGAUAGUUUAGCGGGAAAUGGUGUUACUUUAAUGAUCGCUUGUAUUUCACCAGCUAAAUCGAAUGCAAGCGAAACUUUGAAUACUUUAAGAUAUGCAGCAAGAGUAAAAAAAAUCCGAACAAAACCUAUCGUGGUAAUGGAUCCUCGAGAAGCUCUGAUCCUUAGCUUGAAACGGGAGGUAGGAGCCUUACAAACAGAAAAUGAACAUCUUCGAGCAGCUCUUCAUUUAAGUAAUGAUGCCUCAAAUAUAAUUCGUAGCGAAUCUAAAGCUGAAAGAAGAAUACCAUUAACCCCUCCAGUAGUAGAUUUAAAUAAACUAUCUGAAAUGGAACGACCCGAAUUAAGUCAAUUGAUCCAUGCAUACAUUACCGAGAAUGAAGCUCUUCGUCGAGAAAAUGCAGAGUUAUAUGCUACAAGAGAGCAAGUGAUACGGGACCAGGAACUUGUUUGCAGAGAAAACGAGAGGUUACUGAAGAAACUCGAAGAUGUCAACUCGUUUUAUCACUGCAGAGUAUGUUGUCGAUCUCCAAUCAUACCUGCCAGACCUACGUAUUCAGCGGAAAUGUUAAAUGAUAAUAAUAACGAAAAUGCACCUGGCGCAACCAAUGUUUGGACCAAUCCUAACGUAGAACCUACUCCCCUUUCGAGUGAUAUGAUCAGACAUGGAUUAUACAGAUCUGCAAGUAGUAUGCCAGAGAAAAUACAAAAAGAAUUAGAUAAACGAAGAAUUGUAGGAAGCUAUAAUAAUAUAGCAGAAGCAUACAAAGACAAGAGUCAUCACCGUAGACACAAUUCAUGGGAUAAUGGAAACGGCAUGACGAGAAUGAGUCCGGAUCAGUCUAUGUCACCGAUAGAUAUUAAUCAGUAUAAAAAGGCGAGCAUACGUCGCACCUCGACAGUCCCUGAAGAACGUAGAUCAUCACAAACCAAUGAUCUUUUGGGUGAACCAGUUCAACCGAUUGACCAUUCGUAUAAUGAAUCCCCAGAUUCAAUUCUUAGCGGUUCUUUAGAAAUGAUGAACUCAAUGCCGAACACAGCUGAAUCAGAGGUGCCAACAAUACCAUUUCCGGCGGUAACGCACAUUUUGACGCCGUUGAAUACUUCAGAAUUUGAAGAUCAUUCACCAAAGACAUCAAAAAAAUCUAAGGAAAAAGAAGAUGAAACUAUUCAACGAGCGUUUGGAAGUCCAAUUCCUAUUGACGAAGAUAAACCACUUUGAACCACUCUAAUCAAUAAACACAGUAAUUGAUGAUGAAUUUUAAUGGUAAUGAUCUGAAAUAAAUCAAAAUUAGAUCAUUUGUGAAGAUAAGAUUAAAGAAA